AUGCCCAAGUUUGUGCUCCUGGGAGCAACCGGCGCCACGGGUUCAGCAGUCCUGCGCAGCAUCCUGAACGACCCUCCCCAAGAUCUGAAGUUGGACAUUCUCGUGCGAUCAGAAGCGAGACUGCGCAAGCGGUUCUCAGAGCUGCCAACCGAGAGCAGCGGCAUUCGAGUUCUGGAAGGACAAGCGACCGACGCGAGCACUCUGCGAAGAUGUUGCUACGGAGCAUCGACGAUUUUCGCAUGCGUGGGAGCGAACGAGAGUAAGCCGGGCAUGUCCUUGGUGUACGAUACAGCCAACGCCAUUGUCACCGCGCUCCGGAGUAUGCAGAGCGAGCAGGGCGACGCUUACCGACCACCAAUCGUUGUCCAGCUUCGCACGGCGUCGCUCAACGACGACAUGGCUCGACAUACGCCGGCGCCUGUCGUGUCUUUCGUCAAAUGGGCCUUGUACCAUACAUAUCUCGACAUCUCCCGCGCGUGUGCGCUGUAUGAAGCGGCAGCCCAGGGCAACGACAGCGAUGACCAACAUCCCACCAAACCUGGCAAGCCGUUACUUCGAUAUGUGUAUGCCGAUCCACCAACUCUCCACGAUCCAGACGGCGUCGAGUGUACGGGAUAUAAACUCAUCGCAGGCGGUCCGCAUCCAACAGUCCUCAGCUAUGCGGAUCUUGGUGCAGCGUUGUACGAGCUAGGGAGGAGACCGGAUCAGUAUGCCAAUCAAGCUCUGGGCGUGAUCGCUACUGGCAAGCCAAAGGAGACGUGGUUUCUGCUAUUUCAGGUCUGGUUGGCUAUACUUUGGGACCAUGUCUGGCGCACCAUUACACAGAGGGCUUGA